AACAACUAAAAGGAUACAAAAUUAUUGUUCAAUUUCUUUAAAUAUUAUCGACAUCUUUUCUUAAACCAAAUGGCCAAAUUUUGGUUGCUCUAUUGGGGCCUAAUGGUUGCUUGGUAUCCCUUGUUGUCAAGUGGUUAUCUCAACGUGUUCAUAAGCCACAAAGAAGUGAUGAAACUUAUGGGAUUGGAGGCAGAUUUAUUUUAUGUACACGAGGGAGCAAUAAACACAUACGCAAUGCAUUUUACGGUACCGGUGCCGGCAGAUGUACAUGACCUCGAAUUUUCGUGGCAAAGUCUCACAGCUUAUCCGCUGCCAUAUGCAAUUACCAUCGAUUAUGACCAUGAUCAAGAGGCUUUGUCCGCACCCACCCUUAGUAUACCUGAAAAAGGUUAUGUGCCUCAGCAGGUGGAAACAUUCCUGGUGCAUUUGCCUUGUAGUGGCAACGUAACCGAACAAGUACCCCUCAGUGUGAAUAUGCUAGUGAGGGGACCGCCACGCCAUAAUGAUACCAAAUUACAUUUUAAACGUAAUAAAAUUUGUAUUAAAGGUCUUUUUCCAGCUCCCAAUCAAUCACCGGCUCCGGCACAUGCUCCUUCCCAGGGACCAGCCCUGUUGGGUGCAGCUGCCUGUGCUUUGGGUCUGGUUUUAGUUGUGGGUCUUAUAGCCAGCACCAUGUACUUAAGGGCCCGCAAACAAAUACGCCAGGAUUCAUUACACACCAGUUUUACAACCGCUGCUUAUGGCAGUCAUCAAAAUGUCUUUAUACGCUUAGAUCCUUUAGGCCGUCCACCCAGUGCUAACAGUGGUUCAUAUGCCACCAUAGCAAGUCUCAAUAAAUAUCCCUGCGAUUCAAAGAAGUCAUGCAACAUAUUUGAAAAAUUUCGUAGUUCCCCAACACCCUCACCAUAUGCAACAGCUUUGCUGCCCAUGGGUGAUCAGAUAGCAGAGACAAUUUAUUCGAAACCCGAAUCAGUGUGUCCCUCGAGAAUUUCAUAUUAUGCAUCGUCACAACUAACACAGGUCUACAGCAUGUCCACACCCAAAUCCAGUCGGGGUAAUGGCAGCAUCUUUGGCGGAGCCAGUACUGCGGGUGGCAGUAGUGGAGAUACCAAGGAGAAAAUGCGCCGUAUACCCAAUGUCCAACCGGGUACUUUGGAAUGUGAGCAACUGGUGAAAGAAGGCACCUAUGGUCGCAUAUAUGCUGGUAAACUGGGGGAGUCUUGUGAUGUUCUAAUAAAGACCGUGGUUGAUGGAGCUUCGCUGACGCAAGUCGCGUGUUUACUACAAGAUGCUUCUAUGCUGAUUGGUAUUGGCCAUCAAAAUGUUAUGGCACCUAUACUGGCCAAUACAGAGUUGCCGGGACCUCCGGAAAUUGCGUAUUCUUAUCCAUUAAAAGGGAAUUUGAAAAUUUUCUUGCAAAAAUCUCGCGAAAUGAAUGCUUCUUUAAGCACCCGUCAAUUGGUGGAGUUUGGCCUGCAUGUCACCAAAGGCCUGGCUCAUUUGCACUCGGUGGGCAUAAUACACAAAGAUGUGGCCACCAGGAAUUGCUACUUGGAUUCGGAUUCCUAUGUGAAAAUAUGUGAUAAUGCCCUUUCACGUGACCUCUUCCCCGAUGACUAUCACUGUUUGUGUGACAACGAAAAUCGUCCUUUAAAGUGGAUGGCUUUGGAGUCUUUGCAACAGAAAAAUUUCUACAAUCAAUAUUCAGAUAUUUGGAGUUUGGGUGUGUUAUUUUGGGAAUUGGCCACCCUGGCCUUGACACCCUUUGAAGAGGUGGAUAUUUUUGAAUUGACUCCAUAUCUCUCGGAUGGCUUUCGUCUAUCGCAACCAAUUAAUUGCCCGGAUGAGUUUUUCACUGUCAUGUCCUGCUGCUGGCUGGUGGAUCCCAAACAACGACCGUCCUUUCCACAACUAAUUGCAUAUUUGCAGGAUUUUUAUGAAGAUUUAAGUAUGUACAUAUAAAUUAUCUUCUAGCUUUUAAGUUUU